CUUCUAUUUUCUUAGUUCGAGGAUAAAUGGAUAUUAGCUUAAUACAAUAAACGCAUUUUAGUAUUAUUAUUUUAUGUCUAUUGGUGUUUGGUAGUGUUCUCGGUUCGCCUAACGUAAAAUAUUAUUUAAAGUAUUUUCAUGUACAAUAUUAAUUUUAAACUGUCUACAAAGUCAUAUCUAUAUUGUGCAAUUUUUGUUACCUAUGUGCAUUGUUAUACGUUUCCAAAAUCGACUUAUAAAUUAACUAUUUCAAUGUUCAACGAAAAUUUUACUGAAUAGAGCUUCACGACAAUAUUGGUCUGUACUGAGUAACAGGAAAAUAAUUUUUUUGUUCAUCCUAAUGUGAAAUCUGAACCUGAAUUACAUAAUUAAAUCAUACAUGCUCUAGUAUGGUUGCUAUCAACUGUUAUUUAAAUGACUUGUAUUCAGAUUUUUGACAACAAAAUGUGGCAACAACAAGCCUUUGUUUUGGAUUCCAAAUUUAACGCUUAUAGAACUUCAAACCACCCCAAUUUUAGGACACUUUACAUUAGGAGAAGAAGUCAACUUCUCCGAGAAAAAUCUAAACAAGAUGAUAUGAUUCCAGGUAUGAGAAGAAAGUAUUUACGCAUUAGGUCAGCAAUUUUACAAAACAGAUAUAAUGUAAAUUUUGAUAUGCAGUCCAACAGUGCUUGCAGCCAAAGUACUAGUUUGAUGAGUUUAAAUAAAGACAGACAAUUAGAAAUUGAUGUGUUUCCUCGAAAGUAUGAUUUUUUAUCAUCACCUAUUCCAACCACCCAUGCUCAAGCUUCCAAAGCUAUUGUUGGAAAUAGUACCAUGGAAGAAAAUUAUGCAUUUAAUAAUGUUCACCACAUCUACGAUCAACAUUCAGAUGCGGUAACAAUGUUGAAGUUUGCUAAUAAUGAUAAAUCAAAAUUAUGUUGUGCGUCAAAUGAUGGAACUCUUAGCAUUUGUGAUGUUUUGACAUCACCGCCAUGUGUAAAAGCUAUACUAAGAUGUCAUACGGGCCCAGUGACAGGUUGUGAUUGGUCCGCUUCAGAUGAAUUAAUUGCUAGCUGUUCAACUGAUGCAACUAUUUGCUUUUGGGAUGCAAUUCGACAUUGUUGUCUAAGAUGUGUCAGUGAUCCUUUUUAUUCAUCUGUUUUGGUCUGUUUAUUUAAUCCUAUCAACAACAAUAUUCUCAUUACUGGCAACAAGGCUGGAUUUGUGUGUGUAUUAAAUGUAUCAACAGGGAUGUACCCAAAAGGCGGAAAGCACAAAAUUGGUGGUCAAAUUUUAUCCCUUGCAGUUAAUAGUAGUGGACAAAUAAUAUGGGUUGGAAAUGACAAGAGUGAAAUUGUAUCUCUCAAAUUAAACAGCAGUGAUAGUAUUCUUACUAAGUGCCAUCGAAUUAUAACAUCACCAAAUCGUGGUGCAAUCACUUGUUUAAGCUGGAGAUCAUGGAUUAGCCGAGAAGCCAGAGAUCCAAUGUUGUUAGCAAAUUGUGCAAAUAAUAUAUUAUGUCUUUACAAGGUUUCUGAAAAUGAUGGAGGCUCAUUAUAUUUAAAAAAGAAGUUUUUAGUUCAUCACGCUCGCAGUAAUCACUUGUUACGUUCAACAUUUUGUCCUAUUAUGUCAUUUAGACAGGGCGCUUGUGUUGUUACUAGCAGUGAAGAUUCUUGCGUUUAUUUUGUAGAUGUAGAAAGGGAAUCUAAUUAUGCAGUCAACAAAUUGCAAGGGCAUGCUUGUGUCACUUUGGGUGUUACUUUUAACUAUGAUGAGACUAUACUAGCAACAAGUGAUGUGCAAGGGAUAAUUAUUAUUUGGUCUCGACAAUGUCAAAAGCAACAACAACCUUUAUAAUUACUAAUUGUUAUUUAAAAUUCAUAAUAUUGAAACUAACUGAUAUAAUACUGAUAAAGUUCAUAACUAAUAAUAACAGUAUUUUUGUAAAAUAUAGUUCUUAUUUUCUUCA